UGUCAACUCAAGAUAAUUUGCGUUGAAAUAUUCAUUUUUUACAUGAUGCAUUGGAAUCGAGCUCCAAAAAUCAGCUUGAAAAUUGCUCAUGGCACCUUAUUGCCAUCAUCAAUCGUGAUUUUACUUUUAUUUCUAACGAGCUUUGCUACGUCUUUGCCACCGCGCGUCGAUUUUGGCGGCGAGAACUUUAAUUUUCUCGUUUUUCCGAAUCCACCCUUUGAUGUGUUCGUUCGAGGACCGAAUAAUACUGUUGCCUCAUUCACCGGUGUAGCACUUAACAUUUUACAUUGGAUAGCAACCAAAUAUAACUUCAAGUACACAUUGGUGCCAGUAAAUGAAUCUCUUGUCGAACGGUAUGGUAUGCACGAAGCAGCUUUUUACCAACUCAUCAACGAAAAAAAAAUCGACGGAAUCCCUUGCGCCUUUUUCUUGACUCAGGAUCGGAUAAAUAGGAUGGACUAUACAAGUUACUUCGUAUGGGUCGACGGGCUGAGUCUUAUUGUGCCGAAACCAGGAGAACAAAGUCGACUGUUCGCCUUUAUUGGUCCGUUCCAACCUUCUGUUUGGUUUUGGAUUCUGGUGACCAUUAUUUUUGUAGUUGGAGUGAUGACCUUUUUUACAUGGUUCUACUUUAAUCCGCUUCUUACAAACGCAAAAAACGUGUACAUCAUGAAUAGGGAAGAGCGUGACUCAUCAAAACCAAGUCAACCAACAGUGUAUUCCUCAUUGAGUUCUAACAUGAUAUACAUAGUCAACAUUAUGACAAAUCAAGUUACUUGUCAAAUAGGUCUGUAA